AUGCCCUGCUCCCUGCAACAAGUGCAACACGGCACCGAAUGCAAGGACUCGGCCUUUCUGACGCCCUUCGGCACAUGCGAAUACACGUGCCCACCUGGCCUCUACCCUUUCGGCAUCGGGGAGAUCAACAUCACCUGCCAACCGUGCUCUCCCAACUGCGACACAUGCGACACCUACGAGGUUUGCACGGCUUGCAAGAAUGACAAGUUCCUCAAUCCAGACGGCGCGUGUCGGGACAUCUGCCCAGAUGGCUACUGGCAGCUCCCAGCGCCCGGCGGCGUGGGCAACUCCUGCCCACUCUGUUCAGAGAACUGCAGCCUCUGUACCAGCCCGACGGUGUGCCAGGAAUGCCGGAACUCCACCUACCUGUCCCACUACAACUGGUGCGAGGACGAGUGCCAAGACGGCUACUUUGAGGAAGGCGUCAACGACUUGGGACGAGUCUGCAAGGUUUGCCCUCCGACGUGCAACAAGUGCGAGGCAGAGGACCACUGCACGGAGUGCAAGUACUCGACCUUCCUCACGCACUACCAGGCCUGCGAGACCACCUGUCCACCAGGUUACUACCCGAACCGCACCCGCGCCGUGGGCGCGACCCUCGGAGCUCUGCGCAGAACAUUUCUGCUCGAGGAGACCGUGCAGGAAGGGCUAGGAAGAGCGGUUGAAGAAUGUCAUCAGUACAAGCAAGGACCCUCUUAUGUGGAUGUUUUGCUAGUACUCUACUGGUACACCCAGUGGCCUCUACCUCACUCCCAGCGGCUGGUGCGAGGAGUGGAUGCCUUGAAAGGGGCUUUGGCCAGUCGCAGACGCAUCUUAAAGUCCACCGAGGGCUUGUCGUCCCAGGGAGUUUGCGGAGUCAUUGCGGUUCGCUUGGGACUGCAGGGCUUCAGGAUUGAUGGAGAGGAAGGGGUCCGACGCUGA